UGAUAAUAUAAAAGGAACGCGACCAUAAAUGUAAUUUUUUUCUGUUCAUUAGUCGCGUGACUUUGUUAUUAAAUAUGCUGUUUACUUGGUUAAACCUAAGGAAUCGGUGUGGCUAAAAUCGAUAGGUUACUAUUCUUUUUAAAAACUAUAGUUACAGCUUUAUGUAUUAUAAUUUUUUAAGUUGUGCGAGAAGUCGGCUAAUUCCCUUUUUAAGAACACAGUCACAUUUUAUUAAGUGCAUUCGCAGGUAUUCUUCAAACAUGUUGAAAUUUUUGGGGCAAGAGGAGGCCAUUAAUAUUGAUCAAGAACUUUUCAAUGAAUAUAAAUUCAGUGUAGACCAGCUAAUGGAAUUAGCAGGGCUGAGUUGCGCUGCCGCCAUAACAAAAUGUUAUCUUCCAGAGAAAACAAAACCGGCUGUUCUUGUUUGUUGUGGGCCAGGAAACAAUGGUGGAGACGGGCUUGUUUGUGCUAGACAUCUGAAGUUGUUCGGCUUCGAGCCAAGGGUGUUUUAUCCGAAACGUACAGACAAUAUUCUCUAUCAAAAUCUAACCACUCAGUGUGUGUGCAUGGACAUACCUUUUGUUGAAAACCUCCCAGACAUUGAUACCUUGAACAGCACAUACAGUUUGGUUGUGGAUGCAGUGUUUGGUUUCAGUUUCAAGCCACCUAUCAGACCUGCAUUUGUGGGUUUGAUAGAUACAUUAAAAAGAGUUAAAAUACCUUUAGCUAGUGUUGAUAUACCCAGCGGUUGGGACGUGGAGAAAGGUUGUCCACCAGAGGGUGGGUUGCAACCAGAACUAUUAAUUUCACUAACUGCCCCUAAAAAGUGUGCACUUACUUUCACUGGCAAGUUUCAUUUCCUUGGUGGACGCUUUGUACCACCACAAUUAGAAGCCAAGUAUCAACUGAAUCUUCCAACUUAUUUAGGCACAGAAAGUUGUGUUCAGAUCAAAUGAACAUUUUUAGUGGUGUCAUUAUGUAUUUAAAUGCAUUAAUCGGAAUCUUUAUGAUUAGGUAUUAAAUUUUUUUUUCACUUCUAAA